AUGGCGCCUCGAACAGUCUUGCUCGUGGUUGACAUGCAGGUGUUCUUUGCGCCCAUGGCCACAGACGCCCUGCCCAACAUUGUGAAACUCUGCACUUACUUUACAAAGGCAUCAGCGCCCAUCAUCUUCACUCAGCAUGGCCACAGUGAGUACGAACUCACGACGAAGCCGUCCCCUAGCCAGCUUGUUCGUAGAUGGGGGCCACAAAACUCGAUAGCCACGGGCUCUCCUGACUGGGAGAUCAUCCAUGAGCUGCGGCAGUUCGUCUCCAAGUUCCCUCCACCCGAAGCUGUGGUGGAUGUGGGCGAGUCUUACCCUCCAUCCCAGGACGAGCAGUUCCCAAAGUUGAUGCCGAAGAACACCUACGACGCCUUCAUCAACACCAACCUGUCGACGAUCCUCGAGGCUGCGAAGAUCGAGCGAGUGGUCGUCUGCGGGGUCAUGAGCGACGUUUGCUGCGGCACAACGGCUCGAUCAGCGUUCAACAGAGGGUACGAGACCUGGCUAGUGAGUGAUGCAACGGGUAGUGCGACUCAGAGUCAGCAUCUGGCAGGCCUAAAGUCCUAUGGUUUUGCAUAUGGGGAGGUGUUGAAGACGAGGGAGGUAUUGGCCCGCUUGAAGGAAUGA